UUGGAGGGCAGAGGACUUAUAGCCAUCAGACUACACACACCUGCAGCCGAGGUGGGAGGGCACCCUCGCCCCGGGGCUCUAGCUAGAUUCAGCCUCCACAUAAAGUCAGGUGUCCACAGCGCACUAGAAGCCUCUGGAAUUUUUCAACCCAGAAAAGUCAUGUAUUAUUAAAUCUCACGUAUUCGUUUCCUGCUGCAGCUGUAACAAACCACCUCAAACUUUGCAGCUUAAAGCAGCACUUAUCUUCUUACAGUUAUGUAGGUCAGAAGCCUGACGUGGGUCUCACUGGGCUAAAUCAAGGUGUUGGCAGGACUGUAGUCCUUCUGCAGGUUCUGGGGGAGAAUCCGUUUCCUUGCCUUCUCGAGGCUUUUCUUUGGCUUAGGGCCCCUUCCUCCAUCUUCAAAGCCGGCAACAGGGAGUUCAGUCCUUCUCAUGUGGCAUCGCUCCACCCUCUUCUUCGGUCUCUCUCUUUCACUUUUAAGAGCCUUUCUAAUCGCAUUGGGCCCACCUGGGUGAUCCAGGCUACUCUCCGUAUCUUAAGGUCAGAUGAUUAGCAAUCUUAAUUCCACCUGCAACCUUCAUUCCCCUUUGCCUUGUAACAUAACCUAUUCACAGGUCCCAGGCAUUAGGAUGUGGACAUCUUUGGGGGUGGGGUGGGGGUGGCUGUAUUCUGCCUAUCACACCUUGCCACUGGGCCUAAGUGGGAUUCUGAUCCAGAGAAGCUGGGACAAAGAGCAAUGUCUACCUACACGUGAAAAUGGAGAAAGUAGAGGGAGAUUCUGGGGGAAGGGCGUUUGUUAAUGAAAAUCACAUGGGUCAGAGAAAGCGGUGGUGUUGGGGAGAAACCUAUGUCAAAUGUUGCCGUAUGUAAGUUACUAAGAAGCUACCAUGAAAAUAACAGCUGUUUCUACAGAUCACAGUUUAUCUGCACUAGGGCAGCUUGCUGUUGCACAGAAUCCUGGUGGACUAUGCCUGGAGUCCUGAACAGUUGGAGACAUCUCUGAGUCCAGUUGAUGGUUACCUGGCUUGCUCCCAUCCUUGCAUAAUGGUGUGUUUGCUGCGUCCACACAAGGCAGCUCUUGGGGUAUCUACCCACGGCCUGAGCUCUGCCCUGAGAGCUGCGCAGAGAAGGCUGUUGUUUCUCACAGGUCAGCCCUUCAGCUGCUAGAAGACCGACCAGGUGUCUGUUGCUGCUAGCACCACUCUUUUCUAAAAACCUCUUCCCAGGGCUUCCUAUAGUUCCUCAUAAAUAAUGAUGUUUCCACCCUUCCCCACCCUGGUCACUCUCUUUUGGGCAUCCUUUAAUGUGUGAAGGAUUGGGGGCAUGCGGGGUAUGGGGAGAGGGGCACCAGUCUUCUGGUCACAGCAUUUAGGGGCUACUCUAAUGGAGGUGAUAAUCCAGCAACCCACCUCAUUCGUUUCUUGGCCUUAUUUACUUGGCCACCCUUCUAGACAGUGUGGAGUAUUAUCCCCCCUCUCUUACAGGUUAUCUAUCAACCUAUCUAUCUGUCUAUCUCAGAUGUCUUUAGAUAUUUGAUUUUUUGCCCCCUCUCAACUUAUAUCUUCAGCAGCUCCUCUUGCCUCCUUAGCCCUUACCUUGGGCUGGGGUUGGGGCUAGGGCUGGGACCGGCCCCCCAGGCUCCCAGCUAGAUGGAAAUCUUUCUUCAGUCUUUGUCAGAUCCAGCAUCUCUGGCUCCUCUCGUUCUUGGGGUAAUUGCAGAAGGGCCUUUGACCCUGCUGCUCUCACUCCAGCACUUGACAGCAAGGACAUUUGGACCCUGACAUUUUGACCUCCUUGUACACUUAGAUCCUGAGAACUCUGCCUUGUGAAUAUUCUCUGCACCAAGAAAUCAACAGAAGCAGAGUCUUUUCAGAAGUUUCGCAAUGAAAAAUACCAGAAGAAAUAUCACCCUAAAUAAAACCGCCAGUAGCUAAACAUGCAACUUGUGAGGAAGAUCUUUGGUUUGCUGAAUACAAAGUUGCAGAGGCCAAUAUAAUGACUCCAACAUAAAAAGACCCUAUUAAGUGAAGGAUGUGGAGAGACUGGGGACCCCCUUCCCACUCCCCCUAAUCCUUCACACAUUGAAGGAUGCCCAAAGAGAGUGAAAGGAUGGGGAAGGAUGGAAAACCACGUCAUUCAUUAACAGGACCUAUAGGAAGCGCUGGAAAGAUUUUACUAGAAAAAUAGAGAGGCCUGGACAGGACCACCCCCCUUCAGCCCUAAAACGGAGGACCACAGUGGUAGGGGUGGUGGUGGGGAUCCUGGAGCAAAGAAGGCUAGAGCCAAAGAGGAAGGAGGUUGAGAGAAGGAACCGCCAAGAAGAGAGACCUGGGAAUGUCUGUUGAAUUGGGAAUAUUUUUGGCACCCUAAUACCAUCCAGCAUUUUUUAAAUGUUUAGCAUGUGCCAGGCAUUGUGCUAAGUACUUUCCAAACUUUAUCUCAUUUAACCCUCAUAACAACAUAAGAGGGCAACAUUAUGAUUAUUUUCCCCACUGAAGUCCAGACAGAUUGGACACUUGCUGGAGGUCCCACAGGAAGUGACACAAUGCAAAUGAACCCAAGCUUCCAGAGUUUCUCUGGAAGGCGGAGGUGUUGCACUGAUCGCCCUGCAUGAUGUGGCAUUCAUUCCAACCACUCUCCAGAGACGGCUCCACAAACUCCCAGAAAAGACUGGAGUGGAGAGUUCUCCAGGCUGGGUGCCCCCCGACCCUCCCACAGGCUCUGUGCCAGUGGGCAAACCUCCCCCGUUCCAGCUGUUCCAGGACAGAGCCCUGGGCAGGGCUGAGCAGCCACCUGGCCUCGUCCAUCCCAAGAAAGCAAAGCUGGGAAAUUCCCCCUGCCUGUCCCCGCCCUGGUGCCUGCAUGUCCUGCCUCUGUAGCCGGGCCAGGGACAAGCGUGUGGGCUCCAGGUACAGAACUCCCGAAGUCAAGGGUUUCAGGUCACACUGGCAAAUCAUUUUGCGAGCAGAUGCCACGGGUCUCUUCUCGGACUGGGCAGCACACAAGGUCAGCGUCAGCAGAUCUGACCCUAAAAAUAGGCUCUUGGAUGCCAGUCGGGGUGGCUGGGUGCGCUGCUGCCACACGCCCCACGGACCAGCACCUACCGACCUGGCCAGGACCUGGUGCGCAAAGAACUGCGGCAGCCCUGGGCGGGGUGUACCUUGUCGACGUCGCUUCAGAUGAGGAAACUGAGACACAAGGCCGUGGAGUGCUUUGCCCGACAUCACACAGCCCAGACCGCAGUGAGGCCAGUGCGCCUCAGGGCCUGACGGCAGAGCCACUGAGCUUGGGUGUCCCUCCCGUGGGGCAGGGAGGCGCCGAUGUUAUCCCCAUUCUGCAGGUGAGGAAGCUGAAGCCUGGGUACGUGAGCCCCCAAGGCCGUGUUUCCACCACAGCUGGCCUGGUCAGACAUCAUGGCCUCUUGUCUCCUGACCCAGAGCUUCCUCAGCCCCACUGGGCCGACCACAGAGAUCAAGUCCAUCCCGGCCGGCUGCCUUGUCUAAGAAGGAAGCCACAUGUGAGCAUUCAGCCCCCUCACAGUUUCCAGGAGGCCCAACUCUGCCAGACUGAGAUUGGAAAAAUCAAUUAGGAGUUCAUAAAUUACCACCCCGAAGCAUUUUGAAACCAUCUGAAGAGUUAAUCAAACAAGUUAAUGACAUCAACACCAUCUUAGAAGAAAUAUUAAAUUACCUCUUUAAAUGAAGUCAUUUCUGUUUUUUAAAUAAAAGGGUUUUCUAUUAAUUCACAUAA